GACAAAAGCAGAACGAACGAGUGCAGUUAAAUAGGGAGGCAUUCCCCACGCUCCUUUCUGAAUUUCUAAGUUGUUUCUCUCUCUCUCUCUCUCAUAGGAACAACUACGCCACUCCGUUUCACUUGCUUUAAGUGACGCUGUCUCGUUCCUGUUCUUUGUUUGAUUCCUUGCAGUGUUCUACGUCUGAAUAGCGCAGCAUAUUGCUUUGUUAAGGUACUUAUUGAGAGAGUUGAGUGAAGGAAGAAGCUUUUGCUGACAAAGGAAAGACAUGGCCAAGGAAAACUUGCAAGUGCUUAAUGCACUUGAUGUUGCCAAGACACAAUGGUACCAUUUCACUGCUAUUGUGAUUGCUGGGAUGGGUUUCUUCACUGAUGCCUAUGAUCUGUUCUGCAUCUCCCUUGUCACCAAAUUGCUUGGUCGCAUAUAUUACUAUGAAGGUCCGAACAAGCCUGGGGCUCUGCCAGACAAUGUUUCUGCUGCCAUCAAUGGUGUUGCAUUCUGUGGAACACUUGCAGGCCAACUUUUCUUUGGUUGGCUUGGUGACAAAAUGGGAAGGAAGCGUGUGUAUGGAAUGACCCUUAUGCUCAUGAUGAUAUGCUCAAUUGCCUCUGGUCUUUCUUUUGGCAAAGAGCCUAAAACUGUUAUAACCACCUUAUGCUUCUUCCGUUUCUGGCUUGGAUUUGGCAUUGGUGGAGAUUACCCUCUUUCAGCCACUAUCAUGUCUGAGUAUGCCAACAAGAAGACUCGUGGAGCCUUCAUAGCUGCAGUUUUUGCUAUGCAAGGUUUUGGAAUUUUGGCUGGUGGCAUGAUUGCAAUCAUAGUUUCAUCUGUUUUCAAAGCCAUGUACCCUGCUCCAACAUUCCAGUUGAACCCAGUUUUGUCCACAGUGCCACAAGCUGAUUAUGUCUGGAGGAUAAUCUUGAUGUUUGGUGCAGUCCCAGCUUUGUUGACAUACUAUUGGCGUAUGAAAAUGCCUGAGACUGCAAGAUACACUGCAUUGGUCGCCAAGAAUGCUAAGCAAGCAGCUUCAGAUAUGUCAAAGGUGUUGCAGGUUGAGAUAGAAGCUGAACAGGAGAAAGUUCAGCAAUUGGACACAGAAAGAAGGAACGAGUUUGGCUUGUUCUCAACACAGUUCCUUCGUCGCCAUGGCCUUCACCUGGUUGGAACAGCCACUACUUGGUUCCUGUUGGACAUUGCCUAUUAUAGUCAGAAUCUUUUUCAGAAAGACAUAUUUAGUGCCAUUGGCUGGAUUGCAGAAGCAAAAACCAUGAAUGCCAUUGAAGAAGUUUACAAAAUUGCUAGAGCGCAGACCCUCAUAGCCCUUUGCAGUACUGUCCCCGGUUACUGGUUCACAGUGGCACUUAUUGAUAGGAUGGGAAGGUUUGCUAUUCAGUUGAUGGGCUUUUUCUUCAUGACUGUAUUCAUGUUUGCCUUGGCCAUACCUUACCACCACUGGACCAUGCAUGGCAACCAAAUUGGGUUUGUUGUGAUGUAUUCAUUGACUUUCUUCUUUGCCAAUUUUGGUCCAAAUGCCACCACAUUCGUGGUGCCAGCAGAGAUUUUCCCAGCUAGACUAAGGUCAACAUGCCAUGGCAUAUCAGCUGCAGCUGGAAAAGCUGGGGCAAUGGUAGGGGCUUUUGGCUUCUUAUACGCUCAAAAUGGCAUUGGAGUCAGAAAUACGCUUAUAAUUUUGGGUGUGUUUAACUUCUUGGGGAUGAUGUUUACAUUCUUGGUGCCUGAGUCUAAAGGAAAAUCUCUGGAGGAGAUGUCUGGUGAAGCUGAGGAAGAGACUACUGCUACAAGAGAAUCAGCAAUGGAAGCUGGUCUUCAAGUUAGGACUUAGGACCAUGUGACCAUCAGAGUUUGUCAUUGCAGUUGAGCUUUUUCUUAUAUGUUAUCGUAGAUUUUGUCAUUGCAGUUGAACUUUUUUUUUUUUUUU